UUAUCUUAGGCGCAGGACGCCAGAGUCUCGCAGGGAAUUCCAAAGUAUCCGAUUCGCAAACGUGAGUAGAAAAUGUGCAAAUAUUUCUUUGAGUGUCUGCUUUUUGAAUCGAGAAUGCGGCAAGCUUAUUGUUCGACAGGGUUCGUAGCGGUCUUUGAAAUCUUUAAAUUUGAAUGCAUGUCUUUUAAGCUAUUUGAACAGUCUUUGAAUAUAAAAAGCGAAGAAAGUCUUUAAAAGCCUUUAAAUUCUUUAGUGAGUAUUAUUUGAUUAUACGAUUUCCUAGCCAAUAAAAUAGAUUGAUUGAAGAGCAAGGUUUUUGCAAAUGUCGAUGAAAAUGCGCCUUUUAGGAUUGUGAUUUGACGGGACUAAUUACCGAGUAAAAAUGGUGCUUACACUCGCAAUUUUUCGACAGCUGAUUGCUCUCAGAGGUCUUUGAAAAGUCUUUGGAAAUAGGCAGAAAAAUCUUUGGAUGUCUUUGAAGGUCUUGGAGACUACGAACCCUGUUCGAAUUCACGAUUGCAUGAUGUUUUGAGAAUGCGUUGUUGAUGGUGGUCAACGUCAGGAAUGGUGAAGAAGCAUCGAUGAAAUUGCAUCUCUCAUAUUUAAACAUUAACUACCGAAGAUACAAGACUACUUCGUACAAUGAAAGGAUAUUCACCGAGUCGCGAAAAAUUGUUUUACCAUAUACCAUAACAAAACAAAAACGACCAAAAAUAACGACGAAAAUCUUUUUAAAACAAUUUGUAUUACAUGUAGUUCGCACCUUCCGUAAUAGUUGUGAACAAAAGAGUAUUUUAGUAAUUUUAUUCGUUACUUCGUAUCUCGACGCAUGUUAAACAAAACUUUGUGGCUUUUCUCUUUGUGCAUGUUAGGCUGAACCACGUUUCGUAAAAAAAAUUGCUCGUCUGUCACCGGUACGAAACGGGAAGAUUUUUUGUUUUGGUCCGGAGGUGAAUAGUGCAAGGAUAUUCGAAGCCGAGCAACCAAUCAAACUGCGCGAAAAGCAUUAUGCACCUUCGGAGUAUAUGCUAAUCAACAUUAUUUCUCACUCUGGUGAUUGCCGGUUGACCAUCAUCUGCUUCAUGAUCGUGCUUUGCGAAACGUUUCCAUGGCAUCUGUGGUGAAGCUAGCCUGGCAACUGGUCAUGCUCAUAGAUAUCUUAUAUACACUAGAUAGCGCAUCUCUUUUAGUAAAAUUGAAGCCAAGAAUAUUCCAGUGGUUACCCCCAUUUGAAUAGAUGGCGGCCAUGUUGGAGUUUCCCACUCGCUAAUAAACGCUGAAAAAAACCCAACAAUAACAUCAUUUGAAUUGUUUGAAAAUGUAUUUGGAAUAGGUUUAACUUAAUGUUUAAGUUCCCUGUUUAAGAAAUAUAAAACAUACGAGUCUUCUCAUUUCAUGGGAAUAUCCUGAGUCUGCAAUCACGGCUUCAAUUUUUGAAUUGCAGAAUAAUUAGAUGCGCUAUCUAGUGUAUAUAAGAUAUCUAUGGUCAUGCUAUACUAAUAAACCUGUAUCUAAAUAAGUCAAAGACAACACAUUUCUGAAGGUUUGAAUAAUACAAAUCAUUAAAAAGGUUGCAUAGCAUGACCUGUUGUUAUGGCUAGCUUUGCCGCCGCUUCUACAUAGCAUAGAUAGUAUAGAGAGCUUAUGAUGUGGUAAAUCCAGUACGCGGACAACAAACACACCCUUCGCAGUGUCAGCAACGGAAGAAGUUAUUUCGCUGGCCUCAGAAUGAAAUUUCUUCAAAACUUUUCUUCAAGAUUGGUUUAGAAACAAACUUGGAGUAGGGUUAGGUUAGGGUUAGGAUCAGUGUUAGAAUCAGGGUUAGAAUCAGGGUUAGGAUCAGGGUUAGGAUCAGGGUUAGGAUCAGGGUUAGGAUCAGGGUUAGGAUCAGGGUUAGGGUUAGAGUUGGUGUUUGGAUCUGGUUAUUCGAAGUUAAUACUCCAUCAACAUCCGUAAGUGCUGCAGGGCCGGUUGUUCAAAGCUGGAUUGUGUAUUUCUGUACGUCUGUUUCUUUCAAAACUUCAGAGAAGAAAACUCCUACUGAUCCAGACAAGAUUUGCAAAGAAAUGUUCCCAAAUUUAUACACAACUUGUUGGGAAGUUUUGCUUUGAAUUUUAGGUUAACCUAGGGUUAGCUUAUCGGCUUUCGAACAACCGACCCCUGAGCUGUGAGGCAGAGUAUUGUUUUAUAAUGUGAAGCAUACUGGAGAGCACAUCAGCUUUGUGGAUCAAGAAACAGGACGAGAUAGAUCCUUAUGAAGACAGUUUCAAUGGAAGACUAAAUAUUAGAAACUAAUAGAUAGCAGAGUUCUUAUAAUCUCCUGCAUGGUUCUUGCAUAUAGCAUAAUGACUACUUUCGGUAUUUUUUCUCCCAUACUAAUUUCCACAAGAUAGAACUGUCAGUAUGAUUUUCAAUGCGAUUACAUUAGUUAUUCAGUAUUCCUAGUCCUUACCGCGUUUCCCAGCUUGUGUUUUGUUUGCAUCAACAACAAUCUACUGCAGAAUGGAAUUGAGGAAUAUUGAAACGUCACAUUCUCGUUGAUACAAAGAAAUCUGUAAAUUGUGCAAAGCCUCUGCUCGAAACGUAUCCAGUAGUUCAGACACAAACCACAGCUGUUUCUCCAAGGCUUUUCCGUACAAUGCAAUGAGAAUGUAUUCUUGAUUUUUUUCGGUCGCCAUAAAACAAAGUGUUUGGGAAUGAAGCAAUAGACUUGAUUUAGAAAACACGACGCGAACUGAAAGACGAAGAAAAAUUCUUCAUGCAAAACAAAAAGUUUGAAUCAUUUGUAGUCCCAGGGGUAUCCUCAACAACGUUGUUAUUCUGAAUACAACGUUAAACUGAGAUUUUCACGUCAUUGGAGCAAUUCGUGAAUGCUUGAUGCGACGUUGGAGUAAAAUCUGUCGUAGGGCAGAUUUCUCCCGAGCUUAGCCGUUUGUAAGGUUAUUUAAAAAGAUCCAAUUUAUUACAGUAAUCAAGUUCCUUAGCUCGCAGUCCUGAGCUGAAGUGGAUGAUAGUAGGUAUAGACUAAAUUUUGAUUUGGGCAAGAAGAACAAAAUCCAUCACCACAGCUGGAAACAGCAUGUUAAAAUGAGUAAAAUUCUUGGAAACAGCAUGUUAAAAUGGUGCAUUUUCCCGUGCGUAAUACAAAAUUUGCAAAUUUCGCAGGGCUAUAUUUUCCUCAUUUUACAACAUUUCGCAACCAAACUUUGCAAUUUUACUCAUUUUAACACGCUCUUUCCAGCUGUGGUGAUGGAUUUUGUUCUUCUUGCCUAGAUCAAAAUUUAGUCCAUAUAGCUGGAAUCAUCCGUUGAGUCAAUUUUUUUUUAAACUCGGGCACAAUCCGAAAAAGUCGGGCAAAUUUCUUUCCGCCCCCCUAAUUUUUGCCUUCCGUGCGCCCAUGCAUUGAGAUCGCGUCGUCGCGUUUUCCUCGUCGUUUUUUCUAAAUCUGUCCAUUGCCUGCAUGUAAACGACUGUCGUCUUCACAUUUUCACAGGUUUGCCGGGCCGGCGGUAGACGACGUGUUGUUGGUGUAAGACCAGCAGCCUCGAAUCAGGAGCCGAAUUCUCUCCGAAAGAGAUCUCGACGUUGCCCAGUACCUGAUAACCUUAGGACUCCUCAAUCAGAUCCUGCUCAUCGGCCAACACCAAACCAACAGGUGCGAAACAACCGAAACAACAGUCAAUUAGGCGAGUCUUCCAACUUACCCGCUAACCAAAGUCAGCCACUCGCUACAGACUUUGUUGAGACAACUAGUUCGUCCGUUGUACCCAACCAGGACAAAGGACAGCUGUUGGGUUCUGGUGAGCCAAUCCAUUCUUCUGCUCAUUCCAAUUCAACCAACGAGAGUAAAUUGGUAACAAGUCUUGCUGAGCCAGUAUUAAGUAACCAGAGUUGCGACGAACCAUUGGCGCCAAAACCAUCAUCCCAACCUGAGGAGCCUUUAAUUAGUGUUAUCAAUAGUCAAACAUCGCCAUCCGAAUCUGAAAAAGCUUUUAUUAGCCUUGUUCCGUUGACUACUGGUGUAGCCCAGAGCUUCGAACCAUUGGAUACAUUAUCAUCAUCUCAGCCUGAGGUACCUUUAAUUAGUGUCAUCAAUAGUCAAACAUCGCCAUCCGAAUCUGAAAAGGCUUUUAUUAGCCUUGUUCCGUUGACUACUGGUGUAGCCCAGAGCUUCGAACCAUUGGAUACAGUAUCAUCAUCUCAACCUGAAGAGCCUUUAAUCAGUGUCAUCAAUAGUCAAACAUCGCCAUCCGAAUCUGAAAAGGCUUUUAUUAGCCUUGUUCCGUUGACUACUGGUGUAGCCCAGAGCUUCGAACCAUUGGAUACAGUAUCAUCAUCUCAACCUGAAGAGCCUUUAAUCAGUGUCAUCAAUAGUCAAACAUCGCCAUCCGAAUCUGAAAAGGCUUUUAUUAGCCUUGUUCCGUUGACUACUGGUGUAGCCCAGAGCUUCGAACCAUUGGAUACAGUAUCAUCAUCUCAACCUGAAGAGCCUUUAAUCAGUGUCAUCAAUAGUCAAACAUCGCCAUCCGAAUCUGAAAAGGCUUUUAUUAGCCUUGUUCCGUUGACUACUGGUGUAGCCCAGAGCUUCGAACCAUUGGAUACAGUAUCAUCAUCUCAACCUGAAGAGCCUUUAAUCAGUGUCAUCAAUAGUCAAACAUCGCCAUCCGAAUCUGAAAAGGCUUUUAUUAGCCUUGUUCCGUUGACUACUGGUGUAGCCCAGAGCUUCGAACCAUUGGAUACAGUAUCAUCAUCUCAACCUGAAGAGCCUUUAAUCAGUGUCAUCAAUAGUCAAACAUCGCCAUCCGAAUCUGAAAAGGCUUUUAUUAGCCUUGUUCCGUUGACUACUGGU